CGGCACGAUUUUGUUAUCAUUCGCUUGACGCUCGAGUCAACUCGCUCAUUUACUCCGCACUUGUUCGCACUUCGCAGUUCGUUUCGAGACGUGAGACGAUGAGGUUUGCGGAUGCUUGCAAUAUUCGCACGACCACGAUUCGCUGUCACAACGACAAACUCGAUCAAGUCGCUUUCCAUCUGCGCUUUCUAUCUCUUCGCAACAGAAAUCAGCCCAAAUCUUAAUUCUCCUGGUGCAGCAAAUGACGUAAAACAGAAUAGUACUACGUCCACAGCUGACAAACCUUCAGAUUGAAGAAGAAAAAAAGGAAAAAAAGAGAAGAAUAAAUAUACGCUCACAUUUCAAAGUGGAGAGUAACAAUUAAAAAUAGGAAGAAAGGAAUCAAAGGCUGGUUAUAUAUGCGUUGGUUGAGAGCGAACAAGAAAGAUGCCGAGGAGAUUCGACUUACGAGCGACUUGAAAGUGUAUCGACGAAAGAAUCGACGAUGUACAAUAGCUUAUAUACAGUGCGUAACAACGAAAGAUAAUACGAAGCAAGUAUUCAUACCAAAAGAGAAUUUUGCGUCGGACACAAAUUAUAGAGAAGGCAAAUGGAACGUCACAAAUCCGUAACAAAUUUUACGGAUUAGAAUUAUUAGAAAUAUAAUUAGGAAAGAAAAAAAAGGCAUUUACUGUCAUGUCGUAUCGCGCGGCAUAGUACGAAAGUGACGGUGCGCUGAUUAUUAUUUAUUUUCCGAACGAGCGAUUUCUCAAGUUGAAAAGAAACACUUUUUCCGCCGCUCCGCGACCAGGAUCGCGAGGAUCGAUCAAAAAUGUGGUGCUCUUUCAGCGAGAGCGCUCAGGAGGAGCGUGCUCGAGGAGCCGACGAGAAGAGAUUGCGGGACGAUGAGAAUAACGACGACGACGACGACAAUGACGACGAGUUUGUGAAGGAUAAUGUUGAUUCCGGAUUUCUAUCGGCCGGCAAUAUGCAGGUCAGCAACGAGAUUCGCGAGUCUUGUGUAUCACAGCUGCGGCAGGAAGACAAUUGGCGGAUAAAUGAAGGAGUCACGUCGACAUCGGGAGAGACGAGCUCGGUAUCGCCGUUAUCGGUGGUGGCGAUCGUCGACAGCGGCGUCGUGGAUGUCGACCUCAACGAAGGCCUGAACCAGCUCAUCUUGCAAAAGCAGCCCGUUCAAUUGCCUGGCUUGAAUCCCCUCGCUAUUGCCAGCGGAGUUCAAUCCGAGCCGACGGCAAUCUUUGAACUAAUGCCCGUAAAAACGGGAUCCAAAUCGAACCAAAGACUAAGACAGCAUCUGAGGGACGACCUUCUGCUCAAAGAGCAUCAGCAAGAAGAUGUCAAGAAAUGUGCAAUAAUUAACGAGAGUAUUUGGCAACUUUACUAUAUGCAGGACGAUGACGGUGACACGCAAUUGCACAUCGCGAUCAUGCAGGGUUACGUGGAGGCUGCGCUCAUUUUGAUAAGGCUGGCUCCUCAUCCGUAUCUGUUGAACAUCUAUAACGAUGAUUGGCAAUCAUCUUUGCAUCUGGCAGUGUUGACGAAUCAGUCGCUAAUCGUUAGACGACUAAUUCUGGCGGGCGCAGAUCCAUCUUUGAGGAAUUUCCAUGGAAAUACAGCUCUCCACUUAGCGUGCAUGAACGGGGAUCUUGCUUGUGCCAAGGCUCUGACGGAUCCGUUGUCCCCGAUGGAGAGGAAUAAUCUGAUACCCGGACAAAUAGUACCAGCUUUACCUCAGAAUUUAGAGCAACGUAACUAUAGCGAUGCAAGUUACUUCAAUCAGCGCGAGCCUAGUUUGGACCGCGAGACACCAGCGAAAUCUCCGACAAUGAGUCAUCGUGAGAUGUGCUUGCACCUGGCCGCCACUAAUGGACACGUGAACUUAGUGCGUCUUCUGUUGCGUCUCGGUGCCGAUCUCGAGGCGAGAGAAGCCUUAGCGGGAAAAACGGCACUUCAUCUUGCAAUGGAACGGAAAUGUCGAUCGGUAGUUAACUUCUUGUUGCAGGAAUGCAAGCCUUGUUUAGAUACACAGAUGUACAACGGCCUAACGGCUUAUCAGCUAGCAAUGUGCAUCGACAUCCAGUUCGCCAGGGAACUGGUGCGAUAUGGCGCAAAACCGGAGCCGCUACUGGAUUCGGAUUCGGAUUUGGAGAGCAAUUCCGAGGAUGAAACUUACGGUGAAACGAGUUAUUUGUCCGCGAUUAUCAAGAUGCAAAACGCAGUCGAAUUGAAAGUCUGAAAUAUUCAUUGAUAAGUAUCCGAUUAAUUGAAUGGAUCUAAGCACUGUAAGGAGAGUGAGAAUAAAAAAAAAAGACAAAAAACAUGUAUAACAUACGUGUAUAUGUACGAGAACUAAUCUCGAAUUAUAUAUAAAAAUGACUAUGGUUUUGUCGAAUUCACACACACACACACACACACACGCACGC